CUUCACCUCCGUCAGGGUUUUUGCGCAGUGGGGACUAGGGUUUCCUACGCAUUUCUCUCUCUCUCUGAAGGGUUCUAGAUGGGAGUAGACCUAUAAACUCUGGUGUAUGUGCUGGUGUAUAUGAAAUCUUGGGUUUGCUCCUUCACAGCCCGGCUGUUCUUUAGGUAAAUUAUAUAUAGGAUCUCCCAAGUCCUAACCUGUACCCUAGAAUUUCUUGAGCAGAUAUCUCUCUGACAUCACUCUGUUUAGAUGGGUCACUAUGUGGUCAUUUAUGUGGUUGUAGCUUAGCUAUUCAUACUGACAAGAUCCUGACACAGAAGGCUGCACUUUUGAUUUUGUUACAUGAAGGUUUGUGUCCUGAGGUCUGGUGACUUUCAACUCCAUGCAUGUUAAGGGUGGCUGGGUUAGGCAGACAAUUGCUCUAACUAAGUGCAAUGACUCUGGAGGGAUGAAACUACGGAUUCGGCGUUCAAAAGAAGAGAGGAAGGCAAUGGUUGAGUCUUUUAUAAAGAAGAUUGGAUGUCCAAGCAACAGAUUGGGACCGUCCGUAGAGUUGGAGACCUCUAUGUGUUACCAGGAGUUAAACAAUGGGGAUUUCCCACCUCUCUCUCUCACAUACAAGGAAGUUGGUGGGUCUUACUACAUUGUGAGGGAAAUUUUCCGAAAGAUAAUCCAAGAAAAUAGGGUGUUGGGUCCUGCAAAGUUUAUGCCAAAAGAGCAGAGCCCUGAUAGAUUCUUCAAACAGCAUCAAUUGGGAUCGGUUUUCAUUGAACCGGAAACUGAUUUAUUGCUAUCAAAUAAAUCUCGUGUUGUAACUCAUAUUUUACGCAGUCAUCAUCAGGGUACAAGUGAAGAACUGGUUUUAAAUUCUAGUGUGCAGUGUCCUGAACCUGAACAUGAGAGAUUUGAUGAAUGGAAAAUUAUAAAUGGGUAUAGUCAAGCAGUUGAAAAGAAUGAAGAAUAUGAUAAAGCAGUAUAUAGAGAGUCUCAAGCUAGAGAAAGUUUGGAACUGGAGGAAAAUGUAGUGGAACUACAAGGAUCUAAAGUUGAAGUAACCCAUGUAGCAGCAGACACAAUGGUAGAGACGUUACCAUUAACGUCUGGUUCUAGGAUAACUUGUGGCUUGGAUGAAAAAUCUAUUGAACACAGUGAAGUGACUGGAACUUUGGUAGAAGAAAUUGAAAAGUUGGAAAUGGAAACAGGCAACAAUUCUGUAGUGGGCAAGCUAAACUUUCCAGAGAGCUCUUGUGAUUUGGGCAAUAAAAAAGAUGAGGCAAUCCUUGCAGGUUCGUUAUUGGAAAACUCAAAUGGCUCUACAACCAAAGAAAGCAGUACUCUUGGUACCAACGAUGGCACAGACCCUGAAGUUAAAUAUGCCUCACCUGCUGGAAUUAGGGCCACAGAUGCCUCAGAGAGCAUUCUUGACUUGAAUCUGAAUGACACUAAUCCAAGCAGUUCCAGUGAGAAGUCAAUUUCUGCGAACGCAAUAGAUGGUCAAAAUAACUCCAACAUUGAAUCAUGGGAAACGUCAUCAGAGAAAUCUGCUAAGCCGGAAAUGAAUCCACUUUCAGCCUUCUUCAAGUCAUCGGUUGCUGCAUUUGUGAAAUUUUGGUCCAAGUGAGCUUUCUCUUUUUUAUUUGUCUCUCUUUUAGGAGUUGAAGAAGAGUUCUAUACCUAUAGCAGCAGUGUUUUUGCAUAUAUUAGAGAAGGUUGUCCCAAUCCUAAUAUUAUUGUAGAGAAUAUUUGUAGCAACUGUGAUGGUAUACUGUCGGAUAGGUCUCCUAAUUUAACUGGAAAAAAGAAUUGAUGGUCAAGCACACAAUAUUAAUCUGUGUUACUGAGUAUCAGAGGUGUGUAUGGAUCAGUUUAGUUCAUGUAAAUUCAGAAUUGAAUUAAUCUGAGUUUUUGGCAA